CAAGGGGGCUUAACGAUGACGACUUUUGCGUGUCAAGAUGGCGAUAUGGAAAGGAUCCAGGGGUUCCUGGGUGCAGUGUCGAACGCCACCGGGUUGAGCAUUUUUCUGUGCGACAAGCUCGACAACAUCGAUGGGCGCCUCGGCUACACCAAGCUGGCGGUGGACAAUACGUAUCUCCUAUUCUCCGCUUACUUGGUGUUUGCCAUGCAGCUGGGCUUCGCCAUGCUGUGCGCCGGUUCCGUGCGAGCUAAAAACACCAUGAACAUCAUGCUCACCAACGUCCUGGAUGCUGCUUGCGGUGGCAUUUCCUACUACGUGUUCGGAUUUGCCUUCGCAUUCGGGUUGGGAGGCAAGACCAACGGCUUCAUCGGCCACUUCAACUGGGGCCUGAACGGAUUUCCCAACGGCACCUUCGAUUACAGCUUCUUUCUGUUUCAGUGGGCGUUCGCAAUUGCGGCUGCCGGUAUCACAUCCGGGUCGAUUGCGGAGCGGACGCAGUUCGUGGCGUACCUGGUGUAUUCGUCGUUCCUGACGGGAUUCGUGUACCCGAUUGUGUCUCACUGGCUGUGGUCGGCGGAUGGAUGGCUGUCGGCUUCCAAAACUGUCGGUCCUGGUGGACUUCUGUUCGGCAGCGGUGCGAUCGACUUUGCGGGAAGCGGUGUGGUGCACAUGGUGGGGGGCGUUGCUGGAUUCUGGGGCGCCCUGAUUGAGGGACCUCGCAUUGGGCGGUUCGACAAGUCUGGGAACUCCACCAAUUUCCGUGGCCACAGCGCGACGUUGGUGGUGUUGGGAACGUUCCUGUUGUGGUUCGGAUGGUACGGGUUCAACCCCGGUAGCUUCCUGACGAUAUUGCAGCCAUACGAGGGGGUAAAGGGCCACUGGUCUGGCGUGGGCAGGACCGCGGUGACGACGACGUUAGCAGGAUGUACCGCGGCCGUGACGACGCUGUUCGGAAAGAGGUUUCUGGACGGGCACUGGAACGUGCUGGAUGUGUGCAACGGGCUGCUGGGCGGGUUCGCGGCGAUCACUGCGUCGUGCUCCGUGGUGGCUCCAUGGGCGAGUAUCCUGUGCGGGUUCGGGUCUGCGUGGGUGUUGAUCGGGUUGAACAAGCUCGCCGCCCGGUUGCACUUUGACGAUCCUCUGGAAGCUGCCCAGCUUCAUGGUGGUUGCGGAGCGUGGGGUCUGCUGUUCGUGGGUCUGUUCGCUGAGAAGAAUUACGUGAACCAGGUGUACCAGACCACUUUCGACAGCCCGUAUGGCUUGUUCAUGGGAGGCGGUGGCAAGCUGCUUGCGGCCCAAAUCAUCGAGAUCAUCAGCAUUGCCGCAUGGGUGACGGUGACGAUGGGUCCGUUGUUCUAUGGGCUUCACAAGUUCCGGUUGCUGCGGAUCACACCCCAAGACGAGAUUGCGGGCAUGGACGUGACAAGGCACGGAGGAACGGCGUACAUCCACCAUGACAAUUCGGAGCACCAUCUGCAGAUGCACACUAUCAAUGGUCAAAAGCGGACUGACAAUGAUCAGAUGCCAAUCUAGACUGGGUUUGAUAUGUGUAGCAGUGUUAUUCAUCGUCUCAUUGCUUUUUUUUGCUGGUUUGGGUUCUGAUUUUCUUUUGUGAAAGAUUAGCAUUCCUAUUGUGAGUGUUUUCUGAGCUCCUGUAAUCAUGAUGUAGAACUAUUGUGGGCACAUUUAUGUAAUCUAAGAGAUCCAUCCAUGGGACGCAUCCUUGAGGUGUGGAUCCCGGACGGAUUUGUUACCAACAGACGGCGAAUCUUGACCA